UGGUGCUGAAAAUAGAUAAACAAUGAGGGAGCUGCAGAGAGCUGCUGCUGGUCCUGCUGUGUCUCUCUCUGUCUUUUCGACACAGAAAUGGACUUAAACGGAGGAAAAAUUAGGAGCAACUUAUUCAGGACGAUAUGAAUUUACAUAAAUACGCUUUCUGUUCCCGUCCACUGCAGCGUUUUCCUUUCCCGUGUUAGCUAAGCUAAUCAAGCUAGCUAACAAGCUGCAGUGACUUUUCCUCUACAGGUUGAAGACCAGUGAAGAUAUUGAAAGUAUCCCGAUGGCUUCAACCUCUACAGCUGAAAAAGCAACAUGGCGUGAAGGUGAUAGAUGUCUGGCUCCAAACCCAAGAGAUGGCACCCUGAGAGAAGCCACUAUCCAGAGACUGACCUCCACCUGUCAACAUAAUGAUACAGCCCGGGUGAUAUUCACUGAUCAUAAUAAAGAUGAGGAAGAAAAAGACGAAGAAACCAUACCUGUUUUAAAACUUAGGAGACCAGCUUUGAAUGAUUUCACCCAGGAGAAACCUGUGUUUCCUAGCACUGUCACAGACCCCAGGCUGUGCGUCCCGCUACAGCUGAGUGAUGCUGAUGAGGAUCGAGUUCCCUACACUAUCAACAGAUACUUGAGGGAUUACCAGAGGGAAGGUAUCAGGUUCAUUUACAACAACUACGCUCGUUCCAGAGGCUGUAUACUAGGCGAUGACAUGGGACUGGGUAAAACUGUGCAGGUCAUUGGUUUUCUUGCUGCCGUGUUGCACAAAACAGGCACAUGGGAGGACGUCAAGAACAACAGGCCCCAGUUUCUGCUGAGUCAGAUGCCCUCCAAGCAAAAUAAUCCUCGCAAAAUGUUUCUCAUUGUGGCCCCACUGUCAGUGCUUUAUAACUGGAAAGAUGAACUGGACACAUGGGGUCACUUUCUAUGUGUGGUGGUCCACGGGCUGAGGAAAGAGGAGGAGCUGACUCGGAUCAGGAAAGGACGAGUAGAGAUUGCUCUCACCACCUACGAGACUCUUCGCCUCUGUCUGGAUCAGUUUAAUAAAAUAGACUGGUCUGCUGUGGUUGUGGAUGAGGCCCACAAGAUAAAAAAUCCAAACUCACAGAUCACUCAAGCCAUGAAGGAGCUGAGAUGUAAGAUCAGAAUUGGUCUGACUGGAACCAUCUUACAGAACAACCUUGAGGAGUUGUGGUGUGUUAUGGAUUGGGCUGCACCAGGUUGUCUUGGAAACUUGGGGCAUUUCAAGAACAAGUUUUCAGAUCCCAUUGAGCAAGGGCAGAAGCAUAGUGCAACCAAACGUGCCUUAGCUACAGGAAGGAAAACUGUCAAAGCCCUGGUGAGGAAGAUUUCUCAUUUGUUCUUCAGAAGGACUAAAGCUCUCAUCAAAGAACAACUGCCCAAGAAGGAUGACCGGGUGGUGUAUUGCUCUCUGACAGACUUUCAGCAGACUGUGUAUCAGGCAGUGCUGGACACCGAAGAUGUGAAGUUACUGCUGAGGUCCUCAGAGAAAUGCCAUUGUCAAAGUGGACGCACUCGCAGGGGCUGCUGCUAUAAGGCAAAUUCUGCAGGUGUUCAAAUGAAGCAGCUGUACUUUAGUUACCUCGCCAUAUUAAGGAAGGUCGCCAACCACACAGCUCUGCUUCAGUCUACUGCAGGCACAAGCAAGAAACAGGAGAAGUAUGUGAGUGCCGUUUGUGCAAAGGUGUUCCAGAAGUUUCCAGACUUUGUUCAGAGAUGCAGAAAUGAAGCAUUUGAAGCCCUGUCAGACCCAAUGUACAGUGGAAAAAUGAAGGUUUUGCAAAAGCUGCUCAGACAUUAUCUAAAAAAGAGAGAUAAAGUCCUCAUUUUUUCUCUCUCGACCAAGCUGCUGGAUGUGCUGGAGAGCUACUGCAUGGCAGAGGGGCUGGACUUCAGCAGGCUGGACGGAUCCACCAAAUCCAAACAGAGAGUCCAGAUUGUCAAAGACUUCAACAGCUCCACUCACAUCAACCUCUGCCUGGUUUCCACCAUGGCAGGCGGUCUUGGUCUUAAUUUUGUAGGUGCCAAUGUAGUGGUGCUGUUUGACCCCACCUGGAACCCAGCCAAUGACCUACAGGCUAUUGACAGGGCGUAUCGUAUUGGUCAGUGCAGAGAUGUGACUGUUCUUCGGCUGAUCUCUUUGGGGACUGUAGAAGAGGUUAUCUACCUGCGACAAAUUUACAAACAGCAAUUGCAGUCCUCAGUUGUUGGCAAAGAGAGUGCCCGGCGGUAUUUUGAGGCAGUGCAGGGGCAUGACGUCCAUAAGGGGGAACUGUUUGGGCUCAAAAACCUCUUCAGGCUGCAGACCCAAGGGACAUGCCUCACCCGCCAGAUUCUAGAGCGAGAAGGACAAGUAGAGGCCGGUGUAAUGACAACAAGCACAGACAGAGGCAAAGAGAAGGAGGAGGAGACGAAGGGAGUUGGCGAACCUGGAGGUUCUUCAACUACAAUUUGCCCUUUAAUAAAUGAUGAACCAACCAAGGAGAACGGAAGUGCAUUGGUAGUUCCCACAGGGGUACUGGACUUUAGCAGUGGGACUGAAGAGGAUGAGGACAUGGAAGGGCUUAAGAAAAAGGCCUCAAAGACAAGUGCAGAAGAUGGCAACAGGAGUGAGAAUGCUUCCGAUGGCCCUGGUCGAAUGAGUCUCCUCCAGCAUGGCUUUUCAAGACUCCUUGAAAGGGUCAAACAAAAGCCAGAGUUAGCAGAUGGGGACAGCAGUUCAGGUGCUGAAGGGAGCUCUCUUGAAGAAAAUGCUGAGGAUCAGAAGAGGGAGGAUACCUCCAAUGGCAUCUGCAAGGGCUCCAAUACAGGAGAUGGUCCUGUCAGUCUUCCUAAACCAGGAGCAACAACCUUUGACACAUCCAGCGGUUCAGACAGAAAACCGUUGAAAGAGGGCGAUUCUGCUGUGAGAAUGAAACAGGGCCUGAACCGGUGGAUAAAUGAAAAAAAUUCAAUUGAUGAAGAGAGCGAUGAAAACUCUUCACCAGACAAAAAGAAAGCUAAUAACGUCAAAACGACUAUUCCAAAAACACACUGCUUUGAAGGUUACUCAGAUGAAUCUGAAGAUUUGGACUUGGAGGCAAAGAUGUGCUCCAAGAAAGAUGCUUCAAAUUCACAUGACAGAGAAAGAGAAAAGCAGAGAGGAAAGCUGGACCGCAGCAAAAAGAAACAAAGUGCAAGUGUAAGGGACAAGGCAAGACUGAAAUACUCAGACAACAUAGAAACAUUCACAUCUUCAGAGGAUGAAAAUACAACUCCACAGAAAGAAAAAUCCAGAGCUGAACUGCGAAAACACGGACAAAGAGCUGCAACAGAGAGUCGAGAAGGAAAAACUGUUUCAUUUACAAACCUGAAAAGUCACCAAUCUCCAGUAACCAAAGACAAGCAUGUAACCAUUGACAGCGUGCUCGGCGGCGUACAGGAGGUGGCGUACACCCACUCUAACCAGCGUGUUGUAGGUGGGAGCAAAGCAGAAGAGCUGAUCAGUAGAGCUGCUGUACGAGACGUAUUUGAACGCAAAAUGUACUCGCAGCUUCCAGCCAACGAGCUUCUAGGCACCCAGGAGAGUCUAUCGGAGAGUGUACCAGACAGUCAGCCCUGCCCUGCCACUGUCAGGCAGCAGAAGCCCCAUGUGGAUCAUCCAGUCACCUUUACCACAAAGAGUGUGCACCAUACUGGAAACACCACAUUCAUCAUCGGAGAGACUCCCAAAGCCAUACGCAGGCUGCAGCUGGAGGAAAUGGCCGAAAAAUUCAAAUUUCCCUCAGUCCAUCAGUUUGCAGUUGAGAUUCUGAGCAGAGACUCAACCCAGAGAGUGGCCUGGCUGCAAGAGUAUUACACUUCACUAAACCAGCCUGACCUGGCUAGCACAGUCUCAAACAACUUCCCACAACCUGUUUCAAAUGCCACAAAAUGCCAUACAGGGACCAGAACCCCAAAAAAGGAUGUUCCAAAAGCCACCAAAAAUGAAAAAUACACUCAGAAGAAUCCUGGACCCAGUACUAAACCUGACAUGCCACAAGCCAGUGUUUCUGUGCUGCAGAAAAGGUCUGGAAUCCCACAAGAGGAUGUUCGAGAACCCCCCAAAAGGCAAAAGAUCUCACAGAAGAAUGUGCUAGAACCUCUAAGCGAUGUUCCAAGUCCUGAGUCAGAGGAGCAGGAGGAGACUGUCUACAGUGCCAGAGGACACAAGAGGACAAAGAAGGGUAGUGUUUCUAGUUCUGGAGCCUUCAGAGCUGGUGGUGGUCUUGGCGUGGAUCUGGCCAGCACCAGUGGUCUGGGGUCUGGGGAGGCUGCUGCUUUCCUGAACCACACAGACAGAGAUACCCCUUCUUCUUCGGACUUCAGCCAUGGCAGGUCCACCCUGGUGUCCAAACCCACGGCACCAGAAAGGGAGACAUUAUCUUCAAGAAUAACUGAAACUUUACAAGGGCGGAAAGAAAAUUCUCAGACCCCUUCUACCUCCAAUGAUCGCUCCUUCCUAACAGAUCUGAUAGGAGAUACCUCAAUCCUUGAUGACCUGCUAAAACCCAAAUCCAAAAGUGUGCAACACAGAAGCGUCCCAAAAACUCCCCCCACAUUGUCGCCAUCAGCAAAUACAAGUUUUGCCACACCUUCACUAUCCAGAAACCCUCCUGAUUCAAACUCACACACACAAUCUGCACAGCAGGUCAGUACACCAAUGGAGGCAUCAAAGGGUGGUCGCAAAGACUUCUGGGACAUCCUGAAUGAGGGCAAUGAGGAGAGUAUCAACAGAUUAACAGACCCAGAUGAAAUACAGAGAGUUUGCGUCAACACUAACUUUGCUGCUAGCGGUAGGUUUAAGCAGAAGGAGAGCAAGAGUCUCUGGAAAACUAAUGAGAGGUUCCUGUGGAAAAAAUAAUACAGAAGAGACAUUACACUGGACCAGAGUUGUUUUAGUUUGUUUGAGUUCAAAAGGAUUUUUAUUUGUUUUUAAUAUUUAGCUCAGGCUUUUCUACUUCCAUUUUUUUCAACAUAUUUUACUUGAUUAUUUAAAAUUCCAUUUCUGUCUUUUUUUAUUAAUGUACACUGAGUAAGUGAGUUACUAUGAGAAUGUUGAUUGUUACUUAAAUAAACAGGGUGCUAACCACUCUGGAAAUGUACUAAAUAUUCGUGUUUAAUGGAAAUUUUUACUCAUUUUUUCACCCUCACACAACCUCUGAUGAAGCCCCGUCAUUUGUCAUCACACAGGCACCGUUCAUAUGUUCAUAUUACAAAUUAGCUUGGUCUUCUUAUGUGCAUAUGAAGUAGAGGGUCAGUUUAAAUGCUGUUGCCACACUUACUAUGACGUUAAAUGGGCGAUUCAACAGAGAAAGCCAAUCCACUGUAGGCGUUAGCCAUUAUCGUUAUUCAAUACCGUGGCAGCCACCCCAGAACUCUUGGUGGCCCUGCAGAGAUAUCACUUAAAACCCCUUAAUGGCUGUUAUGUCUCUGUCACUCUGCACCCCCUCGUCGCCUCCCACUCCCUGAGAGAGUGUGCAUGUAGUGUCGAUGGUGUGGUUCCCCCGCGCUGUAAUCUGAGCAGCCUGUGGCUCUGCUCAGUUGUGCCUCAAAGGCUGCUCAGAGUGGAAGCUGCUGUGCUAUUAGUGAAAUAACAAUAAGCAGUUGAAGACUUCGUGGAGCUGGGAGAGAAAUCAUGUCCAAUUAUAUUCAUCCAACCACCAUCCGCUCGUAUUAUUACUUGUAGUUUGUCUCAAAUUCUGUUAUCCAGCCAUAGUUAUUUUCACAAUUUUAAAGAAUUUAGAACACUUGCAGCUCAGAUUCACAGCUUUGUACAAAUAUGAAAACCAAGUAAGGCCUUUUUGUGUGCUUGUGAGUGCACAAGAGUGCCGAAACCCACAGCUGUGUUUGACCUGUUUCAGCUGUUGCGCUGAAGUAGAUGGAAAGCCUGAAGAAAGCUGCUCUGUGGAAGUGUUGUGUGGUGUUUAGCAAAAAUGAGAAAGUGCUGAUAGCCAUCGAUAAACAAGAGAAAGAAAACAACUGUGUGCCUUGACAGAACAUGCACGUCGGCAAAUGUGUGUGUGUGCGCUUCUGGGUGGUAGAAUAUGACUGUGCUUGUGGAUGCAUAUAUACUGAGGCCACACAUCUGUCACACCUGUUCAAGUCAUAGACAGGAGAAUAAAAAGCCCAUUCUCCUCCGAAACCCUUUCCUCUCUGCGUUCCUCUGUCUGUUUCAUCCACGACUGAGAUUUGCAGAUCCCUAUCUGUCUUUUUUUGCAGUCAUAGUCUGGUUCAGUUGAGAUAGCGGAGAGGCUUAGCGUUUUACUGACAAUUGAAAGGCUCACCAACUGACUGGAAAUGUUUAGCGGCUAAUGAAGGCCAGCUAACAUGGCCCAGUGACAAACAAAGCCCUCUUAUCCCAAAUGCUUACUAUAGGAUUCUACCAAGCAUCUGCAGUGAGAUGUACAGAGGUGAUAAAUGACAAUGUCUCAAGUCAGCGUGAUGAUUGCAUUUUAAUCUAUUUACAUGCUAAGCAGACUACAAGAAAUGCAACUGAAGAGAUGAUGUGUUUUUCCACUUCUCCCAUUAGUUUCUUGUCUCCUUAUGUCAAGGGCAGGGUGAGAAGUGUGUUUAUCUUUCCUGUAGCUAUUACCUGGGUGUUUGUGAGUUCUAUUGUAUGCUCAACAGUCAGACAGAGCAGCAGAGAGGCGGCUGUGGACCUGUAGGUUUAUUUUCAGAGGUCACACUACGACACCUAGUUUGAUUUGAUUUGUAAAAAGCUGUGAAUGAGUUUUGACCUGCGCUGACCUGAGCCUCCAGCCAUUUUUGGCUCAGGUUUCCAUACAUUCACUCUUCUACAGUAUGUGUUAGGAAUAGCUGCAAACUGUCACCGAUUAGUAACUCACUGUUGCACAAAUUGCAUUAAAUAAAGCCCAUGACAGUUGAAUAGGUUUUACUCUGUAAUUUAAUUCAAUAUCUGUGGCUAAAUAAACAAACACACAAUAAAAAUCUUUGGGUAUGAUUUC